UCUUCGGCGGUGACAACCAGUACUGGUAGAUGUCUAUAUUCACAGGCAAAAUACUUUUAGUACAGCAACAAACACAACAUUCACCAACGCACUGAUUAUCAUAAUCAGAACGUUAACAAUAGCGAGAUUAGAGACAGGACGACGGGUUUUGCCGCUCCCAGAGACCCCAGCGCAUAAGCGUUCACUUACUCUUUCUUAUCAAAGCCUUGCCCUUUCAUACAAUCAAGACAUAGGGUACUAUGGUAAACUGGACAUUAGCAGGGAUUACUAUCCAGGGAGAUGUACUCAUUACAUCCGUGAUAAUACAUACACUUCUCACGCUGCUUAAACUGUAUGGAUUAUAUGUGCUGGGUGUGCUGGCCGAUUUUGCUGCAAAUUUCCAAGCAGAUGAACUGGAGGAGUGGUUGGAAAAUGCUAGGGCUCGAAGGGACAAUGCCUACGCAUACAGCAGUCUUACAGACAGUGAUUUGGCAGACACUGAUAUCACCGAUAGUGAUUACACUGACAGUGACUGAAAAGUUG